AUGGAUCUCUAUUGCAAUAAACACAAACCCUUCCGUACUGGAGAGAAACCAUUCUACUGUGAUAUCUGCGGCAAAUUCUUCACUCAAAACGAUGGUUUAAUUAAACACAUACGUAUUCAUACAGGAGAGAAACCUUACCAUUGUGGUAUCUGUGGUAAAUCAUUCUCUCAAAGUGAUGUCUUAACUAAGCACAAACGUAUCCAUACAGGAGAGAAACCAUAUCACUGUGACAUCUGCGGUAAAUCAUUCUCGCAAAAUCACCAUUUGACCAAGCAUAAACCUGCUCACACAGGAGAUAAGUCAUAUCAUUGUGAUACCUGUGGCAAAUCGUUCUCCCAAAUAAAUAACUUAACGACUCACAAACGCAUUCAUACAGGUGAUAAACCAUAUCAGUGUGAUAUCUGUGGUAAAUCCUUCUCUCAGUAACUUAAACACUCACAAGCGUAUUCAUACAGGUGAGAAGCCCUAUCACUGUGAUACCUGUGGUAAAUCAUUCUCUCAGAAUCAUAACUUAACGACUCACAAACACAUCCAUACUGGAGAGAAGCCUUAACAGUGCAAUAUCUUUUAUGUUCUUACUUGAUUCGAUCAUUGAAUUGCGGUCAUACUGGAGCACUGCCUUAACCCUUUAGUGUUUAAACCGGCCAUAUCCGGCCAAAAUAAUCUACCUGUUUUCUGUUAAAACUGCCCACAUUUGGUAUCUCACAUCAGCCUAUAAUGUCAAUCUAAAAACAGGUGA